CCCGCGGAGCAUGGCCGGCAGAGGCGCCUGCAGCGGCCCGCAGCCGCCCGCCGUGGCGCAGCCGCUCGGUGGCGGUCACCUGUACCCCUUCGUGAGCGCGGAGAGCGAGGGGCCCGAGGAGGAGGGCGAGGUGUCGGAACUGCGGCCGCGGGGCAGGGAGAAGGUCCGGCGGAGCGCGUCGAGGGACAGGCUGGACGAUAUCGUCCUGCUGACGAAGGACAUCCGGGAAGGGGACACGCUGAACGCGAUCGCGCUGCAGUUCUGCUGCUCGGUUGCAGAUAUCAAGAGACUUAACAAUCUUAUCAACGAUCAAGAUUUUUUUGCCCUGAGGUCUAUCAAAAUUCCAGUGAAAAAGUUCAGUGUAUUGACUGAAACGCACAUGUCUCCAAAAGGAAAACCAGCUCUUCGGCCUGCUCUGUGUUCCCCAGAAGUACAGGAAACAUCUCUUUGUGAUAAAUUCUCUGCUAAUGAGACUGCUGGCAACUUCUUAAAAGAAGUCGAUCGAGAUAUAGAAGAAAUAGUGAAAUCUAAUGAUACAAAGAGAGAGAAUCUGAAUGAAGUUGUUUCUGCUUUAGCAGCCCAACAGAUCUGUUUUGAAACUGAUGGUAAAACUAAAAAAUGCAGGGAUCCUUACUACGGAGCAGACUGGGGUAUAGGAUGGUGGACAGCAGUAGUGAUUAUGUUGAUUAUUGGCAUAGUAACUCCAGUUUUUUAUCUCCUGUAUUAUGAAGUUCUAGUGAAAGCAGAUGUCAGUCAUCAUUCUCCAAUGGAAUCUUCCCAUUUGUUUGUCACAGCAGUAUCGCAUCAGAAAGAAAUAGAAAACGGAAUAAAUCCAACAAAUAUUAUGAAAGUUGAUAAUCAAGGAGACGUUCAGCAUUAAUAAUGGAAGAUCCUAGACAACUGUUAUUUGUAGAUACGUAACAUAACCUUAUAUAAAGGGCAAUCCACAGAAUGCAAAAUGCACUUGGAAUGCAGAGAAAAAGUGUACUGAUGUGUGACUUGCCUUUAUAGGUAAUGUUCCACUACAAGGAUAUUUCUGGGGAUCGCAUAAUCUCUGAAUAUGGCUGUGACAGGCAAUUUGCAAGAUUGGGGUGUAAAUUGAGGUAUGAAGUCAUCUCUGAAGCUUUGCACUUUUUUCUAUUUUGAUAGGCUUGUUUCUUAAUUAAUGAUGAGGUGAAAAAAUGUAGUUCAAACUAAUACAAAAGGAGUCUCACUGUGAGUGUGUUUUACAGCCCAGAAAUGGGCAUAUGGGGAUAUCUAACUUUUAAACAUCUUAAAGUAUUUAUAGAAUUGAUAGUACACUUGACAUUUUAAUAUCAGGUUUACAGUUGUAAGUUAAAAUGAUGUUCUCAUAAGUUUAUCUUUCUUAUAGAGUAAGGUUUUUUUUAAAACUCAAUCAUUCCAUUAUUAAUUGCCACUAUGAAGUUCUUUUUUUACAACUGACUAUUACAGAGGCAGUAGCAAAUACUUAAACUGGAAUCUUGAAAUCUUGAGCCUAUGGUCAACCUAUUCUUUAGUACUUUUCAGUAUAGGCACUAGGGUAAUUUGCUUUUCUCUGUGUGCCUGAACACAGUCCAGUUAGGAGUCUUCCUGAAACUUUACAUUAUUCCUUAGUAUCCUUCUGAAAACUGACUGGAUUGCACUCUCAUCUGGUCACCUGUGUGUAGAAUAAAAGAAGUGCAAAAGUGUGGCACCAUGCUGUAACUGCCCCAGUAGUCCUUAUUUUCUGCUAAUAGGCUUAUUUUUUUUCCCUCUCCAGAUAAUCUCAGUUCAGGACCAACUGAUUCUUCAGACAGCAGUCAUGUGGGUACUGAGCAUGCUAAUAUUGGUCUCAUGCCCAUGAACCUCAAGCACUUAACUUUUUCCUGAAAAAUCCUAGAAAACUUCAAAUUAUAUUUAAUGCCUGCUAGCAAAUUGCAGCAGAAUAGACAUCUUGCACCUUCAGAUUUGUUCUUUACAUAUUAGUGUUUUCAUUAACGAUUCUGUUUUUGAAUGUUUCUCUUGGAGUUUCAUGAUCAACUUUGGUUUUCCCCUCUUUUUUUCUUCUCCAUCUGAAAAUGCUACAAGUUAAAAAACAAAACAAACAAAAAACCAAUUUAAAACCCCACACCUCUAGACUCUUCAUACCAAAAGGAGGUACUUGUGUACUCAGAAUACUUUUAAAUAAAAACUGAGAUGGUGCCUAUAAUUCUUUUUGUUAUAUUUGCCUUGUGGACCAAGAAUUCCAUUGCCCUAUUGAAAAUAGUAUUUAUUACCAAAACCUAAGAUAACAUACUUGAUUAGUAUUUAAAAAGAAAGAAGUGAAAAAACAGUAUCCUCUAAACUACUAUUGUAAACUUUCCAAUGAGUGUCUUGACUACGUAUACACAGUAUAAAAAGUCAGGAAAAGUAAAUGUAUUAUAACUAUUGAGGUAUUCCAAAACGCUUUACCCGAUUCUUAGACUUAGGCCCCAUCUAUUCUCGGGGCACCUGUUGCCCCAAGAAGCUGAGCAGAUAGUCUUCACUGGCAUGCCAAGUGUAUGAACAAGAAUUGGCUAACUUGUAUUAUAUUGAAAUUGAGGCAGGCCAAAGAAAAAUUGUGUACAGUUAGGUACCUGAACUAUAAUCUGUGACUGUUGAACGUUUUGAUUAAAGGAGCAUCUGUGGAGUUAGUGAGCCUACUCAUAGUCUCCACACUAGAAAAGGGAUUUCAAACAGCAUGAACUUGACGGUUUGCAUAACAUUUGUUUUCAAAGAUCUUUUCCAGUGGUUUCUCUUUUCAUUAAGAGAAUAUGCCAGUAAGUCAAGCAUAAACACUGAGGUAGCAGUUCUAAUGCUGUAUGAAAAAAUGCUUCACAAAGUAAUUUAUGGUAGCUAAAGUGAUAACAGCUCUCAUGGUUAAAACUUUAAAAGGUGACUCGCUCAGACAAGAAAGCUUUAGCACAUAAAAACAAAUGUUUUCUAUAUAGGAUGAAACUUGGUAUAUAAUGCAUCAUUUUUUUUGCUGCAAGUGUUUUUAUUGUUUUGCUCCUUCACCCAUCAUUCUGUUCCUGAAAUUUACCAGUUCUAAUACUUUAUCCUUUUUUUCUUACGAAUUGAUCAAAGAACAUUAAAUUAGCUAUUGUGAUGAUGCAGCAUAAGCCUAAUUUACAGCACAUACCUGAACUAACGGUUACUAAAUUGCUACGGGUGCAGAAGUGAAACGAACUGCAGUUAUGGUUUGAUUAGGUCAGGAAAGUCUCUGCUGCAUUGAUACAGAGGCCUGUAGUGGUACAGCUGAAGAGUCCUCUAGAGUGUCCCAGACUUGGGGCUUUCACAGUGCCAAAGACGUGUGGCAUACUUGCACUGAGUUAAGGGUGAUGUGCCUUGAUUUACCUUAAUACAAGCAGUUUGAUUGGACUAUAUUCCAUUCUAACCAAGAGCCUGGCAUGUUUUUACAUAUGUAUUAUGUAGCAUAUUUCAUACAGUACAUUUUUAAUUUCAGUUAACUUUAUCAGGAAGAUACAGUAGAUCUCUUUUCAAGACUGUAGGACUCCUGAUCCUGGAGGAGGAGUACAACCAUCAAGCUUGGCUCUCUGCAGAAUGUGGGAAUCUUUACAGCUUUUUUACAAAAUACAACACAACGGGUAAUUCAUCAUUACAUGUCAGCCCUGAAUAAACAGGGUAACUGCUCUGUGAGGAACUUAAAUCUGAUUCAAGUUAAAAUCUGUGAAGUUAGUCUUGUAGAAGCUGAGUUCUUAAACAAAUAAACAAAAGAAACCCCAAAAGCAAACAAAAAAAAGAGCCAAACUCCCUCACAAAAACAUGGAAUAAUUGAGUUGUAAAUCACUUUUUGGAUUAAUGCAACACAUUGUUCAGGAAAUGGGUUUUAAACUUACAGUGUUGGAUCAUAUAAAAUCUAAAUGUUUUAAGUCUGGUAUACUUUGGAGUAAGUUCUCACAAAUAGUCUUUGUAAGUUUUAUAAGGGCUGAAAAUACAACUUUGUGAAAUACUUCUGAUUGGGGAUGCAAGUCUUAUUUUAAAUACUUUGCUCCUCUGCUUUUCAAAGAACAUAAGUAAUAUAUGUAAAAUAAAGAUUUUAUCAUGGACUGCAGUGAAAAUAGUGCAUGUAAUAUAUUUUUAGUUUUACAUACUUUGCAUGUUUUACUACAGCAGGCCACUACUUGUAUUUGUUUAGGCCAAUUUUUAUGUAUGAUGUACAGUAAAAAUUCCUGGCCAGCAAGUACUUUGUUGGCAGUAGCUGCAUAUAGCAUUCCUAUCUAGUAUACCAUAACUGCAGCCUUUAUGGUUUAUUCUGUUCAUGCCUUGUAAACUUUGAACUUUUCUACAUACAUUUCAGACAACUUGUUAGUUCUCAGAAACAGGUAUGAACAACUGAGGGAGGGAUCAAUGACGUUCUUAGAUGGUAAGAUGACACUGAAAGCAAUAUAAAUUAAGAUUUGAAUAUAUGCCUGUCCAUAUUUGAAAUUUGCUGAAAACCAAAGAAGAGUCAUAAGCUUUGUUGGCAUUAUAGUCUUGCAAUGAAUUCUAAACAAUCAGAAAAUCAGCUCCUGAAAAGAGGUGCAAGCAUUACACCUCUGGAAGAGCACAAUCUCACCUCUUUUCAGAAGUGCCUUAGCACUGUGUCUUGCAGUACUUGUUCCUAAUCGAUGACCUUAUUUACCAUAGCUAAACUAAGCCUGAAGGGUCCAACCCAAGACUUUGCAAUUCCCUCUGCAGGAAGAGGUGACUGCAGUUUACCUCUUAAAGGACUCAAAAUUACUUGAUUUUUAACAGAGUAAUGUUUCUCAACAGUAGUUGCAGUAGAAAGUGCAAUAGGAAGGCAGUUACCCAUUAGCAGAAUGAUGAAUGGUGAAAGUAAUUGGUCCUCAAGAAUUACUGUCUGCUGCUGAAUAAGAUACUGUACUUGUUCAGGCAAGCCACAACUUGUCAACAAAUUGUUACUCAUGCAGUAACUCUUUUCUAGUGUUAAUUUUAUAGUUCCAUCUUUGACAAAAGCCAUUUAUUUGCAUUCCUGUUGUAGGGGGAAAGGAGUCUUAUCCUUCAUCUUGCACGGGGAGAACAGCUAACAGAAGCAGUUAUAGUCACAGCAGGUGAAUUCAGUUUUCACCAUACUUGCCUCUUUCACAUCUUCCGUCUGUGUUUUGUAUAUCACACAAAAGAAACAGGCACACGCAUUCAAGAAACAGCUGCUGCUAUGUGUGGUGUUAAAAAAGAAAUUAACUGGCAGAAUACAUUUCCUGUGCAAUGCAGCUGAAUGUUUAUUACACCUUGCAGUCAACAACACUUCAAAUUAAAAGUAGUAUACCUCUGAGGUGUGACCUGCAUAGAAUUUUAGUUUAAUGUCCUUUAUAUAUGAUAGGUAUUUUAUCAUAAUAUUUGAAAAUUACAUCUUAAGGACCAAAUUCUUGCUGCAUACAGAAGUUCACAGAAUAAUGCAAAAUUGUUUCCCGGUCACCAGUGAGGUGAAUUACCUUUUCAAAGAAAAUAAAACCUCAAAAUCAACCAACAAAGAAAGCCCAAAACCCCUGAUUGCUAAUAAUGUAGUUGAAAUAAAAUAGUAUUUUUUGCUAUCAAAAAACCGUAAGAUACAGAGAAUGUGCUGUCACAAUGUUCUUCAAAUACCUAAUCUCACUAAUAACACUAUUUCAACACUGCAGCUGUUGGUUCUCAAAUAAAAAGAUGUUUCCAAACAUUCA